GCGCGCUGCCUCUCAGAAACAACGGAAUCUCGAGCUGAAACGGUCGCGCUUUAUACAACACUGGUAUUGGACAAUUUUUGAAAUAACGGAAAAGCGGAAUUUGAAUUUGAAUAUUUUAGUAGAAAGAAAACUUGCAAGCGCUGUUAUAGCUGAAGAAUUCUUACUUAUUAGAAGACAAGGUGUACUAAUUUUAUGUUAAAGUGGCAUUUAUUUGCUUUACCUCAAUAAAACACUUAAAGUUUCGUUUCGAAGACUUAUAAACAUAUUUUGCGUUCGAUUUACAUCUUCUGUCAACGGAAGAACAAUUAUUUGUUUGUACUCGGAAGUAAAUACAGGAAGAAAAAUGUGCAAUUCAUUUAACAUUUUGCUAGCAUGUUUGUGCAGCCUACUGAUAGCAGCGGUCCUGUCGGCUCCAGUUUCAAAAGACAACUUCGAUGACAUAAAAGCCGCUCUCAAAGCACAGUUGAAAGACCAAGAAAAGGCACUAGAAUCACUCGCGUCAGUCCCUAACACAGGCUCAAAUGGUAUUCAAUAUUCAAAGACUAAGUCAUUCUCCUAUUCAAAUGUUAAUGGUGCUGAAAGCAAACACGAAAAAGCCGAGGAAAAAGUGUCAGAGCCGGAGACUGAAAAGUUAUUGUCUGAUAUCCAAGAAGAAUUAAAUGAGGAACGACCUUCACCCGAUGUCAAGCCGCUUACGUCAUACAAAGCAUCUCUUGAUGUACCGUCUGAGGGAAUACAUAAAGAAAUCUCAAACAAUGGCGAAAAUCAGCCAGAACUUUUUGACGACAUCAGUGAACAACCAGGAUCUGAAGAGGGAUUAGCAAACAUGAAACAAACACUUGAAUUUACACCAAGAGUUGUUGCUGAGUACUUGUAUAAAACUGGCGAAUCCCAGGAAUUCCAGAGCUUGCUUAAUGACCUCGUAGAGUCAUCUGAGAUCACAUCUGAAGAAGCUGAGCAGUAUGAAAAGGCAGUUAUGGAUGAACUUUAUAAAAUUGAACAAGAACAGAACAACAACGAGUUAGAAGAAUUAUACCAGCCUGGUUACGCAGAUGUCGCAAGACCAAUCUUCCCCAUGUACGGAUCUAUGCAGGGACCACGUGAUGUAUACCCAUUAUACGGCUAUGGUCAGAAUACAGGCAAGACGUCCCAGGAUAACAUGGAUGAUUAUAUCAACUACAUGUUGAACAAACCAGUCACCCUUGACGAAAUGAUUAACACAGUUAUUGACACCUGGCUUACUAACGCUAUUGUUAAUGGUGAUCCAGAAGCAGAAGAAAUUUUAAGCAACAUUGUUGAUUAUGUAUCACGUGACAAUGAUCCAAAUGACGAAGAGCAAGUUAAAGCUAUUUUAGGUGACAUAUUUGCUGAAGCUAUUUUGGAAGAUUUAGCUCCACGAAUCCAGCCUCAGGAUGUACAGAUCGGUGAAGAUCAGUUGCCAGUCGCUCAGACAAAUUCCGAUGAAACUGAGGAGUCUGCAGUAAAUCAAGAUAACAAUACAGAUGAGGAGAUACAGAAAGAGGCCGCAGAACAGCUAAUUAAACAAACAGCUGAGGCACAAUCAGAGGAGCAACAAGAAGGAAUUGAGUCAGUGAAGAGAUCAGCAGAGGUGAUUGGAACGCCAGAAAUGAAAAUGUAAAUACAUGAAUAAAUGUAUUGUGUUUGGAUGGAUGACUGACAAUCAUUUUCAUGACAAUUUGAUCUGCCUUUGUAUGGUGAUUUCAACACUCCAAAACUAUAUAAUAAACAUGACAGAAAUUGAAGGCAGGAGUCAAAAUAAAUUUUCAUAUUUUAUUUUAGUCCAUUGGAAAGAUAGUUUUAAAAUUGUACACGUGUUGAUAUUGAAAUUCAUGGAAGUGUCAUUGUACUUUUUUAUGGAUGAUUUUGGAGUUUUGGAGAAGACAUCGGCCUAACUCUUAAUGCUUUAAUUCGGGGAAAGUAUCAGUAUAUUGAUAAACAUGUUUGAAAAUAGUAUCUUACACAUGAGAAUAUAUUUCAAAGAAAUCUUAUUCUCGUCGUUGAACUAUCAGACUGACUUGCUGAGUGGAGAAAUGCUGAUUUGAAGAAAAACAAAUAGAGCUUAUCAGCUGAUUGGUACCGGUUGAUAAUGCAUGAGAUUUUCGUGCUGUAAAUCAGUAUGUUGUAUUAGACGAAAUGUUCAUGAUUUCCAUUCUUCAUAUGGUUACUAUUGAAUCUUCUAUCAAAGACCAUCAAGACAAAAAUAUUGAAAAAAGAGAAAAUGUGCAACUGGAAGGAAAACAACUGAUUUUUUUUUUUUCCUUUUUCUUGACAUCAUAAAUGCACUAAACAGACAAUAAACAGACUCUUUGUGUAACUUCGAUAACAGCGACACAAAUAGUUUCAAGCUUUAUAAAACAUUUUUAGCAAAAGGAUACAAAUAAACCAAUGUUCAGAAUGAAUGGCAAUAAAUACUAAUUGAGCCGUGCCAUGAGAAAACCAACAUAGUGGGUUUGCGACCAGCAUGGAUCCAGACCAGCCUGCGCAUCCGCGCAGUCUGGUCAGGAUCCAUGCUGUUCGCUUUUAAAGCCUAUUGGAAUGGAAGAAACUGUUAGCGAACAGCAUGGAUCCUGAUCAGACUGCGCGGAUGCGCAGGCUGGUCUGGAUCCAUGCUGGUCGUAAAGCCACUAUGUUGGUUUUCCCAUGGCACGGCUCAAUUACAGAUUUAUUUUUAGAAAACAUUACCUUCUAUUCCAAUUUUCGCUGCUAAAAGUUUUGUGAUUACAAACAUUAUAUUUCUUCUUAAAGUGAUCUUUUCAAACAUAUUACAAUAUUCGGUAUUUGACGACAAUCGGGUAAUAAUAGACCGAUUAUAAAGUGAAUUUGUUGAACCAAAAAGCUUGGUUUUGCUACUUUAAACCUAAAAAAAACAAAUUACAACAUGCGAGCUCUCAUAAAUAACUACUAAAAUAUUAUAUAUACACUGGCACAUUACAUCUGCUGUGAAGUCGAUGGAUGAGAAACGACACAAUGCCAGUUUAUUCAUUAAAGACCCACCACAGAAUUACUGUAUCCUAAUGUGCGUCCCUUAUGGUAACUAUUAUAAUAAAGGAAUUGCAUAACCAAUUCGAGGAAAAGAAGUAUCUAAUUUGUUUUUACAUAUUGAAAGUGACAUUUCAGAUGCUAAGAUUUUUUUUAAGUGUUUACUAGUUAGAUCCACAGUAUCUCCUAUGUUAAUUGCGGUUUCUACUUUGGAAGAAAAUUAUUCAGCUGUUUUAAAGCUAAAAUACACAGAAAAAAGACUAAAUAAAAGAGCUCAAGAACAUAAGAUGACAUAGAUUUGAGAAUAAAUAACUCAAACACUAAAAAAAGGCUUAAAAGUUUUCAUUUUGUAAUAGUUGUGGUGGGUCUUUCUGCUGAAAAUAAAUGUUGACAUGAAACCAGUUUAAUUGAUUAUUAAUUAAUGCUACAAUAUCAGUUCAUAUCUUCUUUAAAGUUUAACACAAUCAACACAAUUAUGGUUUACAGUUCCAUAAAAGAAGAGAAAUAAUUAAUGAAACAAUUUCAGUUUACAACAGAUGUGUAAAUGGUUUUGAGCAGUCUGUGAUAUUUUGUGGUGUAUGACUUUUUUCUGGUGUAGUACGUGUUGAGAUGUGGGACAUAUCUUUUCUCUUGUGUGUAUGCUUCAUACUAAAUGCGCUGUAAUGUUUCGUGCUCAAUGCAGCUCGUACUUUAUACAAAUGUUGUUAAUUUGACGUUACAUGUAUAUCAUAUAAAAUACAAAUAAGACAAAAACAUGUUUUUAUUAAAAAUUGUGAGUAUAUGAAAAACUAUUCAGUGGUGAUUGAACCUUUACAAUCAACACACAUGUGUUUUAUCAAGUUGUUAUAUGUCGUGUUCAUCAUGAUUAAGAGUACCUGUUUUACAUUGUGUUGACCUGACUGCAUAUGGCUCUACGCAGUUGACUAUAUAAGUGAGUGUUUUGUAGCAAUUUAAUGGAAUCUUCUCAUUUCGACGUAUUUCUUCUGGAAAGAUGGUAAACAAGUCUUGAGCUAAAACUACAAAGCGUAAACAGUGCAAGUUAAAGAUAGUAUUGCGUUGUUAAAAUGUAUGGCGUCCAAUACUUGCCAUAUCGGGUAUAGAAACGUUAUAAACAAGCGAAAUCGAGGUUGAAAUUUCGUUUACUGUAAAAGUAUAUUGUACAAUUCGGUGACAGUGGGAAUAAUUUAUUGACAAAAAUUGUUCUUUCUAGCAUUUGGAUAAACUAGUAUAAACAAGCUUCUGUCUGAUAAACAAACAGUGUACAUUUUAUUUUUUGGUGAAUUCGAAGAUUACUGGUUUAUGCCUUGGAAAGCUGUUCAUCAUUUAACCUGAACAACAAACUAAUUACCACUCUGUGCUUACGAAAUACUAUUUAGUUAGUUUUCUACGAGGUCGAUUUUGUUUUGUAAAUGAAUUGAAUAUUCUUGAGAACUUGUUUUUAAUUAUUCGAAACAUUCAUAUAUUGACUGUAUUUGCCUGAUGUUGGCUUCUUAUAUUUUUACAAUGAUGAUAAUACGUCCCAUUUCCUUUUCAGAUUUGAAACAUAGAUUAAUUGUGUUAUAACAUUAAAGAUAUUUAAUACCCAUCUUUCACUCAGACAAUUGAUCUUUUGAUAUUUUACUUCAAAUGUAGAAAAAUCGUCCUGAAAUAGUUUAACUUUACUAAAUAUAUAAAUGAAUUAUUUAUGUAGUGCUACAUUCAUCGUUACACCCUAAAUCCAUGGAUGUGUAAUAUUCUCUCAUUAUCAUGCCAGCGAUAAUUUGUUGACGUCAGCAAAGAUAAUUUAACAAUUAAUUGAAUAAAUUCACAUGAAAAUGUACGAAUUUCCUAAAGCUAGUGUUGCAUAGAUGUUUUCUCUGUGAACAAGAACUAUUAAAUAUCUAAUGAAUGCUCAGAUAAGGAAGCGCUCCUAACAGGACUGCUAUGCAUUUAAUUAAAUAUCUAAUUCAAAGAAGUGUUUAGCUGGUUACAACACGGCCAUUCAUUUCAUGGUGAUAUAGUUAAGUAACUUGAAAUUUAUAUAGUUAUUAAAUGGCGUGUCAGGCUGCAGUCAAAAAGACUUCUGUCCAUGGUAAAACAAUAGAAGUUGUAGCGGAAUAGUAUAACAGAGAGUUUGCUUCAAAUACGUAUUAUCAAGUACAUUUUAAUUACAUGAAAUAUAUAAAAGUAAAGUUAUAGUAAUAAGUGGCGGGGAAGAUUUUUUUUGCGGGAAGGGUUAGAAAACGGGGACACAAAGGAUGGAGGAGGGGAUUUAUGGGAAAAAACAUCACAACAAUACAAGACAGUAAACAACAUAGAGGAUAUAGGGGGAUGGAGUUGGGGGGGGGGGAUUUAACGCGUUUGGGUCAUGCCAACCUCACACUUAACGCAAGAAUAAUUUUCUUCUGUUGGAAGAACUAAUAACAUACCCAUAUACAUAAAUUCAUAUAUUGAAGGAAAGAAUCAAGACACAGCUGGCCAUAUGACAAAAUAUUAAGAGAACCAAAUAUCCAGUAUAUAUUGGUCUCCAUUCAGAACCUUUUUUUGUUAAUAAGGAAAUUUGUAGGCUAUACAAAUUUUAUACAUAAAUGGUCAAUUUCUUCUCGAAACAUAGGUGUUCAGAUUGAACAGAUGAACUUUUGCUAAGAUAGUAAAAACGAGAAAAAAAAAAAAAGAAAAAAAAGGGAAAAAAUAGGAUAAACAAUCACAGAAAUAUAAACAAAUACUUUGUUGGUAACCAGGUUGUAUUUUAUUUCACAAGUUUAUUUUUUGUUUAGAAAUAAUAACUGUCCUCAAAAGAGACACAGUGGUGCUUCGCUCGCCUGAAUUUUUAUAUUUCAAAACAAAUGAAUUUACCAUAAAUAUUCUGUAAUUAUGAUAAACUUACUCUUUGGCUUUUAAAGAGACACAACCAUCUAAGUUUUAUCUUUAUUUACUUAUGGCAUUAUUUAGAAAAUAUUCAGCUUUAUAAAACUUUUAGCAGAAACAAACUAUUUUUACACCAAAUACUUAAUAAGGUCGUAAUUCAGCAGAAAAACGCAUCUCCCUAAAUUCUUGCUGAUUGUAGAGACUGGUGUCACCGAUAAGGUCACUUAAUAUUUUUGUAGAAGUGAACACUUUAUUAGGUCAUGAUUCAGCAGUAAAAUUUAUCGACCUAAAAUUAUACUGAUUCUAGAGACUGGUGUCACCGAUAUGGUCACUUAAUAUUUUUUGUACUAAUGAAUACUUUAAUUGGUCGUUAUUCAGCAUUUAUUAGGUUGUGAUUCAGCAGUAAAAUCUAUCGGCCUGUGAAUAUAUUGAUUCUAACUAGUCACCGAUGUGGUCAUUUAAUAUUUUUGUACUAAUGAAUAAUUUAUAAGGUCGUGAUUGAGUAUUUAUUAAGCCGUGAUUCAGCAGUAAAAACUAUCGGCCUGUGAAUAUGCUGAUUCUAGAGUCUUGUCACCGAUAUGGUUAUUUAAUAUUUUUGUACUAAUAAUUGAAUAAUUUAUUAGGUUGUGAUUCAGCAGUCAAAAGUAUAGACCUGUAAGGAUGCUGUUUCUAGAGACUAAAGUCACCGAUAUGGUCACUUAAUAUUUCUUUUUAAUUGAGGACUCAUUCGAAGUAUUUUUAAUGAACAUAUUCUUUUGAUAUAAUAGCGGUAGGAUAAAUUAUUUAAUAAUUUAGAACAAUAAUGUGUCACCAAUAAAAUAUAUAUAUAUUUAUAAAAAAGAAAACUGAUAACUUUGUUUAAAUUUGGAAUAAAGCUUUAUUUCUAGAA